UUUACUUUGCUACUUAUACUAAUAAGAAAAGACUACACCACUCCCUAAAUAUUCUUUUCUAUAGCUGCUACUUUUCAUUGUAGCUAAGCAAUAAUCACACUAGAGAAAAAUGGGAUCUCAAGGUACAAUCGAUUCAUUCAUUCAUGUUUUUCUCAUAUCAUUUCCUGGUCAAGGACAUGUCAAUCCAUUACUUCGACUUGGCAAACGCCUCGCCUCGAAAGGUGUUCUGGUCACCUUUUGCGCACCUGAAUGUGUAGGCAAGGACAUGAGAGAAGCCAACAAGAACAUAAUUAGUGAUGAGCCAUCUCCUUAUGGGGAUGGUUCCAUUAGAUUUGAGUUUUUCAAUGGAUGGGAGUACACUCAGCCUAAAGAGAAUCGCCAGCUUGAAAUAGAGCUGGCGAAUCUUGAAUCUUUAGGCAGGGAACUACUCCCUGAAAUGAUAAAACGGAACAAAGCCAAUGGACGUCCUGUUUCAUGUCUAAUCAACAAUCCAUUUCUUCCAUGGGUAUGUGAUGUAGCUAAAAGUCUUGAUAUACCUUGUGCUGUCCUUUGGGUACAAUCUUGUGCUAGUUUUUCUGCUUAUUAUCACUGUCAUUUCAAUCUUGCAAAUUUCCCAAAUGAAUCAAAUCCAAACAUUGAUGUUCACUUACCUAACAUGCCAAAUCUCAAAUGGGAUGAACUUCCUAGUUUCUUGCUCCCAUCUAAUCCAUUUCCUGUCUUAGCAAAUGUUGUUUCGCGACAAUUCAAUUACCUAUCUAACCCCAUUCGUAUUUUCAUCGAGUCAUUUGAAGAGCUUGAAAAAGAUAUAGUGAACUACAUGUCCAAUUUUUUUCCUAUGAAGACCGUUGGUCCAUUACUAGUCGAUGAAGAUUCAAAAAUCGGAGAAAAUAUUCGUGCUGACUUAGUGAAGGCUGAUAGUUCCAUCACUCAAUGGCUCAAUUCCAAGCCACCAUCUUCAGUUGUUUACAUUUCUUUUGGGAGUAUUGUUGUUCCGAGCCAGGAACAAGUCGAUGAAAUUGCCUAUGGGUUGUUGAAUUCGGGGUUAAAUUUCCUGUGGAUCAUGAAGCCACCCCGAAAAAACUCGUCCUUCCUCUCAGUGGUAUUGCCACAAGGCUAUUUGGACAAAAUUGGGGAUAAAGGAAAAAUUGUGGAAUGGUGUUUGCAAGAAGAGGUUUUAGCACAUCCGUCUUUAGCCUGUUUCCUGACUCAUUGUGGAUGGAAUUCGUCAAUGGAGGCCAUCGUGAAUGGCGUCCCUAUCGUAGCAUUUCCACAAUGGGGUGAUCAAGUCACGAAUGCUAAGUACUUAGUGGAUGAAUUUAAAAUAGGGAUAAGACUUUCUAGAGGUGUGACAGAGAAUAGGAUUAUUCCUCGAUACGAAGUUGAACAAUCUUUGCGCGAGGUAUCCAGUGGUCCUAAGUCCGCGGAGAUGAAAUCAAAUGCAUUGAAUUGGAAGAAGAAAGCAGCUGAGGCAGUGGCGGAAGGUGGUUCCUCCGAUCAGAAUUUGCAGUCUUUUAUUGAUGAGCUUAGGACACUACAAAGCAGGAAAAAGGAGAAAAAUUCAUAAAU